GUUGUGCUUACAUUACUCUUUAGAUCUCUCUUGAAGAGGGCUGGUAUAUUUGUGCCUGCUGGAGGUGGAAUUAACAGUAAGAAGGAGAAAGGGACUGAAUGGAUUUACAGGAAGGUUUUCAAAUCAAUUCAGGCAAACACAUUUACCUGAAUAGUAGAACCUUGAGUCUUAUUUCACACUAAGACGACACAAAGAUUGUUAAAGUUAUCACCAAGCUGCCGGACAAAUAGAUAUUCCAUCACCAAGGUGCAGAUCAGCAUAGAUCUGUAAUUCAGAAAUCAGGAUUUGUCUUGGAAAGAGCUCAAGGGUUGAGAAGAACUCAAGAGCAAGUGAAGAUAACUUUGGGAACUACAGUUUAUCAGAAGAUCAACUUUUGUUAAUUCAAAUACCAAAGGCCUGAAUUACCAUAAAUUCAUAUAGGAAUGCAUAGGUCAUCUGAUCAAAUAAUAUUAGCCGUCUUCUGCUACAUCUAUGCAGCAAAAACUCUUAACAACUGUGGAUAACUGGAAAUCCAAGUUUCAGCUUUCUUAGAAAUAACUACUCUUGACACAUUCCACAAUAUUUAAAAUAGGACAGGAAAAUCAGUCAGGAUGUUGUGUUCAGAAAUGUCACUGUCAUGAAAAAUAGGUAAAUUUGUUUUUUUCAGCUACUGGGAAAGUGUAUCUCCUAGGAACUUAGAUUUUUUUUUUUUUUUUAAAGAGGACAAGAAGGACUAAAAAUAUCAACUUUUCUUUUUUGGACAAAAAUGCAUCUGACUGUAUUUUUACUUAGGGGUAUUGUGGGUUUCCUCUGGAGCUGCUGGGUUCUAGUGGGUUAUGCAAAAGGAGGUUUGGGAGACAAUCACGUUCACUCCAGUUUUAUUUAUAGAAGACUGCGGAAUCAUGAAAGACGGGAAAUACAGAGGGAAAUUCUCUCUAUUUUGGGUUUGCCUCACAGACCCAGACCAUUUUCACCUGGAAAACAAGCGUCUUCUGCGCCUCUCUUUAUGCUGGACCUAUACAAUGCCAUGGCCAAUGAAGAAAAUCCCGAAGAGUCGGAAUAUUCAGUAAGGGCAUCUCCGGCAGGAGACACCAGAGGGGCAAGAAAAGGAUACCCAGCCUCUCCCAAUGGGUAUCCUCGUCGCAUACAGUUAUCCCGAACGACUCCGCUGACCACCCAGAGUCCUCCUCUAGCCAGCCUACAUGAUACCAACUUUCUGAAUGAUGCUGACAUGGUCAUGAGCUUUGUCAACUUGGUUGAAAGAGACAAGGAUUUCUCUCACCAGCGAAGGCAUUACAAAGAAUUUCGAUUUGAUCUUACUCAAAUUCCUCAUGGAGAAGCAGUGACAGCAGCUGAAUUCCGGAUAUACAAGGAUCAGAGCAACAAUCGAUUUGAAAAUGAAACAAUUAAGAUUAGCAUAUAUCAGAUCAUCAAGGAAUACACAAAUAGGGAUGCAGAUCUGUUCCUGUUAGACACAAGAAAGGCCCAAGCUUUAGAUGUGGGUUGGCUUGUCUUUGAUAUCACUGUGACCAGCAAUCAUUGGGUGAUUAAUCCACAGAACAAUUUGGGCUUACAGCUCUGUGCAGAAACUGGGGAUGGACGCAGUAUAAACGUAAAAUCUGCUGGUCUUGUGGGAAGACAUGGGCCUCAGUCAAAACAACCAUUCAUGGUGGCCUUCUUCAAGGCAAGUGAGGUCCUUCUUCGAUCUGUGAGAGCAGCCAACAAACGGAAAAAUCAAAACCGCAAUAAAUCCAGCUCUCAUCAGGACUCCUCCAGAAUGUCCAGUGUUGGAGAUUAUAAUACAAGUGAACAAAAACAAGCCUGUAAGAAGCAUGAACUCUAUGUGAGUUUCCGGGAUCUGGGAUGGCAGGUUCAUCUGAUGUUUCCUGACCACGUACCAAAGCCUUGCUGCGCUCCAACAAAACUAAACGCCAUCUCUGUGUUAUACUUUGAUGACAGCUCUAAUGUCAUUUUGAAAAAAUACAGAAAUAUGGUAGUGCGCUCAUGUGGCUGCCACUAAUAUUAAAUAAUAAUGGUAAUAACAAAAAGAUCUGUAUUAAAGUUUAUGACUGCAAUAAAAAGCGUACUUUCAGAAAAAAGGGACAUUUCCUAAAAUGAUUCUGGCUCAUUUCAUCUUUAUUCCUAUGUACAAUAUCAUGUAUAUAGUCAUUUUUAUUUAUUUAAAGGUAUAUAUUCUCCUUUGUGGCUGCAUUAUCAAUAAAAUCUAUUCUAUAGGUCACAAUGUUACACAAUAGACUGCCCAGUCUCACUUUCAAUGGGAUAUGCUGAGUCCUGAGUCCCAUUCAAUUCCAUUUCAACAUUUUUUCUGAUACAAUUUUUAUAUAUUUUUCUGAAAUUAGAACUCCUUUCACUGUUUAAUAUUGUUGCAGGAAAUUUAACAUGUCUGGUUAUGUUGUGCCAAUGAAAACUAUGAUAGGAUAUUUAUUUAGACAUAAAACUUAAAAAAAAUAACAACCCAAACAAAAAUGCUUGGAUAAACACAAUUUUUCUUUUAGCAUUUCUGCUUGGUUAGAUAAAAUGAAAUGUUGAACUGGAUUUGAAUAAAUAAACGGUAGGCAGAACAUAGAAGCUGAAAGAUUGCACAUAAUUGUUAUAACUGUUUGCUUUAACAGAAUUGGUGUAACUGUAGGAGCAUGUUACUUCUUGGCUUGUGGAUUGUAGAUUUUGCAAAGAGCUCAAAGCUUCAGGAAUUCUGUGGAGACAGACUAGAGCCUAUGUUCAUAACUCUCCAAGUUAACGCUAAAAAAUUGUAGUACAACCUUCUUACCUCAAAUAAAUCAUGUCUGCCUAUUAUCUAGAACACUACUGCUGCAGAUUUUUUUUCUUUUCAGAUUUAAAAACUUAGUCCAAAAUAAAGAAACAUUUACAUGGGCUGCACAGCCCUCCCUACAGACAAAACUCACUACAGGAGCAAAAUAUUCUGAGCAGAAAAUGUCGACAGAGCCAUUUUCUUUAGUUCUCCUUUAUAACCAAAUUUGCUGAUUGAUGUCAUGCAAGGGAUUUUAUUUGGGGUAAAAGCACAGAAACUAAACUGGAGGAAAUUACCAAAAAUCCUAGAAUGGAUUUGAAAGAGUUGCUAUUUCAAAAGAACAGCUGAAAUCCAUUUUUCAUAUCUUUGCGAAUGAGCUCAAUGAAAACCUUAUUUUGUAAGCAGAUUUUGUAAACCUUCCUCCAAGCACAAAAAUUUCCAAACGGGAAGGUUCUGUUGUGUGUGUGUGUGCGCAUGUGCGUUCUCCCCUCUGAAAUUAAUUUAUUUUCUCUCUCUGUUGGAAUGCCUUCUAAGGCAUUCUUUAACACACACCGACUUUUUGAAGAAUUACCUUUAUAUUGCUAACUUGCUAUUUAUGGUGGCUCCAUGGUUAGGCCUAUUUACAGUUCAUCUAAAAAUAUUCCUAAAGCACCAUUUAUUAAUCACUCUUUUAAAUCUUUUGGAAAAUAAAUAUCAGAAAUAGAUUUAAAAACUUUGUGGGUUUGUUUGUAAUUCAGGUAUGUUGAAAUGUUGUUUUAAAAUACAAUUUAUCUUAAUGAAAUUUUGCAAAUAGCUAUAUUGGGGGGUACAUUAAUUAAUAUAUUUUUGAAAUAAUGGUGUACCAUUGUAAGAAUAAGAAACAGAAGUUUAUUAUAUUAUUCUUUAAAUGUGCUGUUUAAAUAUAUUUCUAUAUUUGAAGAUGUAUUAAACUUAUGAUGCUAGUUUCUGCUCUGCUUUUUGAUUUGGCUCUUUAUUUAACAGGGAUUGCAAAAUGUAAGAACGUCAUAAACUGGGACUCUAAGAAUAUUUUUCAGAUGUAAAAUGUUUGUAUUACAUGAUUCUUUAUG